UCGGCAGCAGCAUCCGAGGGCGCUCCUCCACAAGGGACGUCGCCCACUUCCCGUUCUCGUAGCCGUUACGAUCGUUACCACAGUUCCCGCCGCCACACCCAGGCUGUUCCCACCUCACACACUGAUUUUUCACGAGCACAGCAGUGGGUGGAUGGCAAGACAGAAAGACAAGUACAAUCUAGAACUCAACUUAAAACGGUAUAGUCCUCAGAAUGUACAGGAACAUCGUCAACUGGUACAAGACUCUCAACCAGCCCAAACCUUUUAUGACAACAGCCAAGUGUUGGUGUCCCAGGCGGGUUACAUAUCCAUCACUCAGGAGACAGUGCCCAUUAAACCUUCAGUUCCGACCCACGAGGAGCGCAAGAAAGUUCGACGUGGUGCCAGUGUCAAGUCUGCGCUCAACAGCAUGUCGAAGAUGAUUCCCAACAUUGAUUUGAUGGGCAAGAGGACCCGCUCACACAGCCUGCCUUCACGGCCACUCCAUGAAGAAGAAUUGAGCAAGAAAGAUUACCAAGUGACAACCUUGGGAAGGCGGAAGGAAAAGAAGCGCAGCUCCCUCAUGUCGACCAUGUCAGGUUUCCUGCAGAAGACGCGGCGUCGCGGCAGUAGCCUUUCUCUUAGGUCGUUAUCCGAUUCUGAACAGUCUGAUAUGGACAUCAGUCGACCCAUUCCUCAGCGGACCAUCUGGGAUGAUGAUAGUGACAAUAGUAGCCUGCUGUCUGAGAGCACCACAGCUGCUGACAGCCUCUUUCCUACAAUGAAACAGACCAAAAAGUUCAGCUCCACUAGCAGCAGCAAAGAGAACCUAGCUCCAACGGCCACCAUGACAGCGGGCACGCCUGUUGAGUCUCCACCCAAGAUGGAAGAGCAGACCUCAGACACUACAGAUGACAUCCUACAGGACUCUGAGAGCCUCUUCCCCACAGUGGGCGAAUUGAAACGGUCAGACAGUAGAGAGAAAGAUGCAGACGCCAAGCAGCCCUCGGGCUCCUCCCGAGUGGGAGGAAGACGUGAGUUUGCCGUGUCUCGUGCGCUGGGCAAAUAUCGUCAGCGACAUUCUUCUUCAGCCCACUCCGACGACCAGAGUGGCUCUGAGGAAGCAACACGCGCUAGUAGUAGUGGCUCUGACAGUGGUUCGCGUCCUCCUAGUAACCAUCAGAUACUGAGCCCAUUGCCUCCAGGAGAGCUACAGCCACAAACGCUGUCCGAUCGGCCCCCAGUGGGUCCAGGAGCUCCGCCUUCUGAACUGCCUGGACCAGAACCACUGCCGACUGAUACCGUGUCGACAAGUGAACUACAGCAGGUAAACAAUAAUAUCAGUGACCUGACACGUGACACAGUUACAGAGCAAACAACUGGCGGUCAACCCGCCCAUCAACUACAAGAUGUAAACAUUCCACCGAAUGUAAAUUUUCCCAUGAGCGGCCAGGAGACCCUUCCCGCUGGUGGUAUAUGUCCCCCAGCACCGACCUAUAAUGCCCCACACCUCCCUCGUGAUGCCCCACCCUUUCCUGGCCUCGCUCAGCAACCCUUCUCCCAAUUUCCCGAGGAACCCACCUUACCUACCUCCAACACAGCCUUUAACUACUUUGACCCCAACUUCCCCAUUAUAUCUGGCUGCCUUCAGUCAAAAAAUGGGGAAUCGCCCGCCCCUAAUUUUAGCCAGGUAGGGGCAGCAGGGGCGCCCCAAGAUCUUGGACCAACCCCUGCUGCCGCCGCCGCCGCUCUCCUGCAGCAGCCACUUGUCAACAAGAACAUCGACAUCAGUGUGUCGGGAGAGGCGGGCGAUAGUGACACGUCUGUAAGUGAAUCCCUUGGUUUUGAGGGUACACCCUCUCGCGGUCGAGAUCAUACCCGCCGCUCUCCUCCUGAGUCUGGUCGUGACCACCGCCUGGUGCCACCGAGCACAAGGCCUCACUCAGAAGAAGAUGACAACCGUUCCGUGCGUAGUUUCCGUAUGUCUCGUGGCUCCUCCCGGAGGCAGAGUACAGAAGACUCCAUCGACUCAGAUGACGAAUGGUAUCGCUACGAGUUGAGGAAGCUGGAGCUGAUGGAAGCUGACCAGUGGCGAGAGCCUGAGCUGGAGGAAUGUUAUCCGGUGACGCCUGAUGAACGUGUCCGCCGCUUCAUGAACGUGGUGCUUUGCGAGCUGCAGGGCAAAGUACGGGAGGUGGAUGAACAUGUGCCAGGCUCUGAGCCUCCACACAAACUUUCUCCAGCAGCUGGACCAGUGACUUCGGGAGCAGCUGCUUUUCCCAUCGCCUCAGCUCAAGGGCUUGAAGCUGUCAGUGCCUCUGCUCAUGAUGGCGAGGAAUACCCACUACAGGACGCUGCCACAGCCAAGGUUCGUCCAACACCACCAGUCAUGCGGCCUCGCAUUGAUUCUGAUGAUGGUUCAUCAGGAGAAACAUCAGGCCCCGACUCUCCUGGGGAGGAUUUGGAUGAAGAUGAGGACGAUGAGAUCGAACCAGCUCCAAGGGAAAUUUCUCCCAUCGAGGAGCUUCAAGGGCCCCCAAAGCCCCGCCGUUCCUUGCCAGUGGCCCCAGCAGAGAUGAUACAGCCUGCUCCUUUUGAAACCCCGCAGCAAGUAUUUUCUGCGCCAGCCCCAGCGACAUCUUCAGCAGUGUCACCAGGGAGCCAAAAGUCUCCCCGUGACGCGGUGCGUGUCACGGAUGACUUAGCUCGUGAUUCUGAGUUGGGUCCGUCCGAUGACGUAAUGUCCGAGGCGCCAAUCGAGCCCUUCGAGGUUCCAUUGGAACAUAAACCUGAACUUGUGUCGGAGAGCGCCAAGCCCGCUCCAGAGAUAGUACUCGCGCCGACCGCCCUGAGCCCUGUGCCCGAAGAUGAACCUGCCCCGGAGAAAGCCGCGGAAGAAGGGGAGAAAAAAAUGGAAGGGGAGGGAGGGGAGGGAGCGGCGGCCCCUGAGGCCAGCGCCCAGGCUCCAGCAGGGAAGCCCAAGCCCCCGUUACGGGGAGCAGGCAGUAAAUGGAAACUUGUCAAGGCGCUCAAGGAAAAGAAAGAAGAGCAGAAGGCAGAAAAGGCCGAAGAGUCCCAGAAUGAACAUGGGGGUAUGGAUGGCGUGGUUACGAAACUCAUGCCCGGAGACAACCCCUUCUACAGCAACAUCGACAGCAUGCCAGACAUCAGGCCGCGCAGGAAGUCCAUCCCGCUUGUGUCCGAGCUGACGAUCGCUGCGACGAAGAGGAACGCCGGGCUGACCUCUGCCGUUCCCAGAGCCUCCCUGAACGACGAGGAACUGAAGAUGCACGUGUACAAGAAGACGCUGCAGGCGCUCAUCUACCCGAUCUCCUCGACGACGCCGCACAACUUCGUGAUGUGGACGGCGACCUCCCCCACAUACUGUUACGAGUGUGAGGGCCUGCUGUGGGGCAUCGCCAGGCAGGGGGUGCGGUGCGUGGAGUGCGGGGUCAAGUGUCACGAGAAAUGUAAAGACUUGCUCAAUGCAGACUGCUUGCAAAGAGCCGCCGAGAAGAGCAGUAAACACGGUGCUGAAGAUAAAACCAACAACAUCAUCGCUGCUAUGAAGGAGAGGAUGAAGAAGAGGGAACUCGAGACGCCGGAGAUAUUUGAGCUGAUCAGGGAUGUCUUUGGCGUGGAGGACAAGAGUCACGUUGGUCACAUGAUGUCAGUGAACCAGUCGGUGCUUGACGGAACCAGCAAGUGGUCCGCUAAGAUUGCCAUCACAGUCAUCUGCGCCCAGGGCCUCAUCGCUAAGGACAAGAGCGGCACGUCUGACCCCUAUGUCACGGUGCAGGUGGGCAAGGUCAAGAAGAGGACUCACACGGUGCCGCAAGAACUCAACCCUGUAUGGAAUGUGAAAUUCUACUUCGAGUGUCACAACUCCAGCGACCGCAUCAAGGUCAGGGUGUGGGACGAGGACAACGACAUCAAGUCCAAGCUGAGGCAGAAACUGACCCGCGAGAGCGAUGACUUCCUCGGACAGACUAUCAUUGAGGUGCGCACCCUGUCAGGAGAGAUGGACGUGUGGUACAACCUUGAGAAGAGGACAGACAAGUCAGCCGUGUCAGGUGCCAUCAGACUCCACAUCUCUGUUGAAAUCAAGGGUGAGGAGAAGGUGGCGCCCUACCACGUCCAGUACACCUGCCUUCAUGAGAACCUCUUCCACUAUUUGUGUGAGCAGGAGGGAGGGGCUGUCAAGCUCCCACAGGCGAAGGGAGAUGAUGCAUGGAAAGUCUACUUUGAUGACCAUGCACAGGACAUUGUUGAUGAGUUUGCCAUGAGAUAUGGAAUUGAGAGCAUCUAUCAGGCCAUGACGCACUUCCACUGCCUGUCCACCAAGUACCUGUGUCCUGGGGUGCCUGCUGUCAUGUCUACCCUCCUGGCCAACAUUAAUGCCUUCUAUGCCCACACCACGGCUUCUUCCGCUGUCUCUGCUUCAGACAGAUUUGCUGCAUCCAACUUUGGUAAAGAGAAAUUUGUGAAGCUGCUGGAUCAGCUGCACAACUCCCUCAGGAUAGACUUGUCCAUGUACCGCAACAACUUCCCUGCAAGCUCAAAUGAGAAGCUGCAAGAUCUCAAGUCCACUGUGGACCUGCUCACCUCCAUCACCUUCUUCAGGAUGAAAGUGCAGGAGCUGUCCUCUCCACCCAGGGCGAGUGUGGUGGUCAAGGACUGUGCCAUUGCCUGCCUUCGCUCCACAUACCAGUUCCUCUUUGAAAACUGCUACGAGCUUUACAACCGAGAGUUCCAGGUGGAUCCCUCAGAGAAGAAGGAGGGAGGAGAGCAAGGGCCCCGCCUGGAAAGUGUUGACUUCUGGCACAAGCUCAUUGCCCUCAUUGUCUCUGUCAUUGAGGAGGACAAGAACAGCUAUGCCCCCGUCCUCAACCAGUUCCCACAGGAGUUCAACAUUGGCCAGUUGUCUGCAUCAACAAUGUGGAGCAUGUUUGCUGUGGACAUCAAAUAUGCACUGGAAGAGCAUGAGCAGCACCGCCUGUGUAAGAGCAGCGAGUACAUGAACCUCCACUUCAAGGUUAAAUGGCUGUACAAUAACUACGUAAAGGACGUGCCUCCCUACAAAGACCAAGUGCCUGAAUACCCUGCGUGGUUUGAGCCGUUUGUGAUGCAGUGGCUGAAUGAGAAUGAUGACGUGUCACUUGAGUACCUCAAUGGUGCCUUCCAGAGAGAUAAGAAGGAUGAGUUUCCACCAAGCUCAGAAAAUUCACUCUUCUCCAACUCUGUGGUGGAUGUGUUCACCCAGCUGACCCAGUGCUUCGGGGUGGUGUCCAAGCUGGAGUGUCCAGACCCAGAGAUCUGGAAGAGGUUCAUGAAGAGGUUUGCCAAGACAAUAGUGAAGGUGCUCCUAGCUUAUGCUGACAUCUGCAAGAAGGAAUUCCCUAACUAUGUAGAUGAUGAAAAGAAGGCAUGCAUCUUGAUGAAUAACAUCCAGCAACUUCGUGUGCAGCUAGAAAAGAUGUAUGAGAAGAUGGGUGGAGAGAAACUAGAGGAGGAUGUAGCCACCAUUCUGAAUGAACUGCAAGGCUCCCUCAACACUGUGCUGGAUGAGCUGGCACACAGGUUUGCCAAGAGCCUGGAGGAUCGCAUUGCAGUCAAGGUGAAGGAGAUGGGAGACAAGCUGGCAGCUGUCAAGUCCACUGGCCAGGGAACACAGCGGAACAACAUUGCCAACGAGGCAGAUGAGGUUCUGGCACCUCUGAUGGAUCUGCUGGAGGACUCUCUCUCCCUUUAUGCCCACAGCUGUGAGAAGACAGUGCUCAAGCGUCUCCUCAAGGAACUGUGGAAGAUCGUUAUGACCACCAUGGAGAAGACUGUUGUCCUUCCACCCAUGACUGACAAGGCGAUGAUGCUCAAGAAUCUGACUGACAAUGCGAAGAAUCUUGCUGCCAAUGCCAAGAUUGAGGACAUGUCUCGCCUCAUCAAGAGCCAGCUGGCGGGUGGCAAGGAUGUCAAGAACGCCGUGUCCAAUAUCAUGGACAUCUCCAAGGACUUUGAGAGGAACCUGACCCCCAAGCAGUGUGCAGUGCUGGAGGCUGCCUUGGACACCAUCAAGCAGUACUUCCAUGCCAAUGGGAGCGGUCUCAAGAAGAACUUCCUCGACAAAUCCCCUGAGCUCAAGUCCCUCAACUAUGCUCUGUCUCUGUACACCCAGACUACCGACACACUCAUUAAGACCUUUGUCUCCACCCAGACUGGCCAAGUUCCUGCAAACGACAGUAAGUUUCCCGGUAAGGCCAAGAAAAAGAGAAAGGAACAAGUGUCAACAGAGGAGGAGGAGGGUGACGAGGAGCCGGAGGCGGAGGACGAUACCGAUGACCCAGUUAAGGCUAAGAAAAUCCGAAAGAAACUGAGUAUGAGUGAUAAGCGAGGCUCCACGGAAGAGGGCACUGUGGGAGAGAUCAGCAUCCAGGUGGACCUCUACACCCACCCAGGCACCGGCGAGCAGCGCAUCAAUGUUAAAGUGGUGGCUGCUAAUGACCUUCGGUGGCCAACCACAGCUGGGGGAAUGUUCAGGCCAUUCGUGGAGGUCAAUCUCAUUGGUCCUCACUUGGCAGACAAGAAGAGAAAGUUUGCCACCAAGUCAAAGUCCAACAGUUGGUCUCCCAAAUAUAACGAGAGUGUUCAGUUCCUCAUCGGGAGUGAGGAGGGUCCAGAGAGCUUUGAGCUGCACAUCUGUGUCAAGGACUACUGCUUUGCCCGGGAUGACCGUCUGGUGGGCGUGGCAGUGCUUCAGCUGAGGGACAUUGUGGACCAGGGUUCAUGUGCAACAUGGCUCUUCCUGGGUAAACGGUGUCACAUGGACGAGACUGGCUGGACGGUGUUGAGAAUUCUGAGUCAGCGCACCAAUGAUGAAGUGUCCAAGGAGUUUGUGAAGCUCAAGUCAGAAGUACGAGGAGAACCACCCAUCACACAGUAGGGCCAGGGCUAGCACACUCUGCCAGGGUGUGAAGACCACUCACUUGCCACCCAGUGAAGGCUGAAGACAUCAUGUGGCUCCUCUACUACCAGCAGUGAUGGCAAGAUCUGCUGCUUCAAAUUAAUUCUCUACAGGAUAGUGAACCUAUAACCCUCAGACAAGUUGGAGGCUCCAUUUUUUCAUGUAGAGAUGCCACGACCCUCCCAGUGACCACCCCAGAGAGAGAUCACAAACGUCCAAAGAAACCAGACCUAUGUGAGGCCGUGCAUGGUUGCCAAUGAACUGGAAAAAAUGUAAGCACAAAUAUUUGGGUUUAUGGGAACAGUAACUCACACUAACAAAAUUUUUGGGAGUAGCUUGGUGUGUUCUGUAGUGGAUUUGAAUUACUAACAAACAAAAGUUGUACAGUAGAGGGUCAUGUCAAGCACUGAGGCUGGGGAAAGGCCCAGUUGUGCAGAGGUUGCUAAGAAAUAAAAAAAUAAAAAAAAAAGUUAUCAGCAUUGAAAUUGAUCUAUUGCGGCCAUGCAAGACUUGGAAAGGGAAUGUCUGUGAUACAGUAUUGUGCAUGAUGCCCUGGACCUCACGUGUGGACCGCCAUGAAGGUCAUAGUCAAUAAGUGCAGAGCUACAAAAUAUUAAUCCAUACUCUGUGUUCUCAUUUCAGUGGAAUACAAGUCCUCUGCUCUUCCAGAAACCUUGUUUUAAAUUUUGUAAAAUAGUAUUUUGAAUUAUUUGAAGAUGGUGGUGUUCAUUCUGUAUCAUACAGUGCUGGUAAGAUGUACAACACACACGCCAGUCCCGCUAAUAAUGUUGCGCUGGAGGGAGAAGUGGCUCGGUAGCUUAUGGUUUCAACUUGGCGCGUGUCGUGUCACUGUCCCAUUUUAUGUGGUGGUGUGAAUGGAAGUGACUGAACCUGAAGAUCAGUUCCCAUUUGCUGUUAAGUGGUCAUAGAGUAAGCCUGCUGUUUUGUGCUGCAUUACUCCUUACUUCUCUCUGAAUGAGAAAAUAAUGGACAUUUGAAUUCAUCAUGUGGUUUUCAGUUGUGAGCACAAACUAUUAUUUUUCUAUGUGAUUUUGGCACAUAUUACCAAAAGGUGCACAUUCAUAUUUCGCCUUGACCUCAGAUUCAGAUUCAACAAGCGUUCCAUUGUACAUAUCAUUUUACCAUUAGGUUAGUCCUCGUCUGUAAUUAUGGACAAUUGGGUGAUUGUUACGCAUUUUCGUAACUUUGAUUCUAGCCAGCUACAUUGGACUUGGGAGAGUUAGUUGCUAUGAUUUGUGACGUUGAUUGUUCCAUUAGUCCGUUAGUGGUGCAUUUAUUUGUCCCUAGGGUGGUGAGAGAGAGGCAGGACGUGAGGGUCGCCUGACCUGCCCUUACUAGGGUCACUCACCUCAGCCUCCCUGCAACCUCCAGCUGGGCAUUUGUUUGUUGCUAGUUGGUGUCCUAACCAAUGUGUGCAUUUGUACCGCGUGUGUGGGUGUGUGUGUGUUGUUUCACCUGGACUAUCAUCAGCAUGUUCUCCUAGCCAACAGGCACAUAUUGUACCUGUUAAUAUGUACACUAAGUAAUUGGCAUGAUCACGCCUCUUGAGUGGGGCGAGUAAGAGGGGACCACGGGCGGCUUACCCAGUGGCAGCGCGUCCCAACCCAGCGUAGUUAACCACAGAGUUGGAAUUUUAGUUGAGUGCAAGUACUGAAGGAAAAAUAACCGGUAAUUCCAGUAUGCAAGAAGCCAUUGGAAGUGGGAGAAAAAAAAUAAGUGUCAGACAUAUCUCGCUUUUUGUUGGGCAUUCAGUGUUGAUAUUAUGUACUAAUUGUUUUAUGUGUAUGUAAGGGGGUUGGGUAGAGUAAUUUUCUAUCACACAGUUGUUAUCUAUGAUUAAUAAGAGUUACCUAGUGGGAUUAAUCACCAGUGGCUCAUAUCCUUAGUUGAUAGGAAUCUGAUUAACAUAGUGCAAAGUUGUGGGUUUAUCAAUUGACUCAGCUACUGUUUUGGAAGACCUUAGAAAUUAUAGAUAUAUUUUAAAGUAGUGAUAAAAGGAAAAAGGUUUGGGUGGGAGGGUAAAAUGUAAAUUGGAAUAUAAUUAAUGUCACUAGGAAAAUUGGGUUGUUAUGUUAUGCCCAGUACUCAUCAGUUUAAUGUUGUGUCGCCUUGGAUUGUGGCCUCGUUUCUCUGCACAUCUUGCACAGUUUCCUCACUGCAUUAGUCAUAUCUUUGUUUGCUUUUUCUUUAAUAGUUAUAUAAAUCUGGUAUGAAUGAGAUACAUCAGGAAAUGUAAAAUAUAAUGGUAUCAGAGACCAUCCAAAUGAUUCAUAAGUAUCAUGAAAGAGGAACAAUGGGAUUAGUUGCUGUACACAAACAAGGCUGAUUGUCACUUCAACUUUCACUUGAAAUUUUAGAGGAAACUGUGUGGUUCAUCAAUGAUGUGGAAAGAAACGAUUCAUGACAGGCAGAGAAGAAGAAAGGCAAGAAGAAAAGAAGCAGUUUGCUGAAUUCCUGUAGGCAAUGGGUAGGAAGAAGUCAGUUGAAUAUUACAUACAGAAAUUUUCUAAGAAUCACACUAAUAGGCAGAUCCAUAUCAAAAGUUAAAGAUGUAAGUAAGAAGGGGGUUAAUGCAAUAAAAAUUACACUUUUCUUUCUUGAGUUCCUGGGAAAUUUCAAGGAAGGUUUGUUAUUAUAGGAAAAAACAAGGAAUAUAAAUAAUUUGAGAGGAAUCCUGACAAACUAGAUGUGUUUGUUUGGUUCAUAAUUACUAGACUUCUGUUGAGGCAGCAUUGAUAGAAAAGAGGAAUGGGAGAUAAAACUAAGGCAAGAGAUAAAUAGUUUGGUCUCAUCAGAAGAUGAAAGGUGAAAGUUGCAGGAAGAGGAUGAUCACAUUGAAGCCAGAAAUAGAAUAAUUUGGUGCCACUUCGUGAGGGAAUUGAGGAAGUGCGAUGAUUAAUGAACUAAAGUAAAAUCAGGAAACAACAAUAAAAAAAAGCUAUAUAAAAGGGAUCAAGGAUGCUAUAUAUAGUUCCAUUUGUGUGUACAUACAUAGUUGUCUCAUGUCCCUCUGAGGGGAGAAGAACGGAAACAUUCAAAGGACUAGGAUGACUUCAACUACAUCUGUGACUGAUUACUACUACUACUACUACUACUACUACUACCAUUGCUCUUAUUUUCACUACUACCACUGGUUGUACUCCUGCUUCUUUGACUAAUACUCCUUCUACCACUAUUACUAUUAUGACAACUCCAAUACUGCUUCUAAUACCUCAACAUAUAAUACUAUUAAUGCUAUGGCUGGAACUAUUACACAACAGAACAAAUGUUUCUACUUCACCAACACUACUACUACUACUACAACUAUUACUACUACUACUACUACUACUACUACUACUACUACUACUAUUACUACUACUACUACUACUAAUGUUGCUUCAGUCCAUCGUUGAGAGGCAUCUCCUCAGUCUUCUCCUCACUGCGGGAACACGCUUGGGAUGUCAGCUGUGUCUCAGUUCCGCUGCUCCGGUCUUGUGCCACCAUCUCCCUUUAGUUGAGUUUUGUAAUGGUCUCCCUAACCCCUCGCCCACACAGCUCCUCCUUCCUACUGUUAAAGAAAACGUGCAAGUGAUUGUGCCUCAGCCCGACCGCUUCAACGGAUGUCCCAAACGCGUCUCCCUUCCCCCACACUCUUGAUUAAAAAAAAGUAAAAGAUCGUAAAGCUACAUACUAAAGAUCUUGUUUCGUGUUGGCAUGCUGUUUCCAACUCCAAAGAUGUCGUGUCCAAAGCAGGAUUCGCUCUCCCUUGAGUUGUGACGGACUGGAAAGGGGAGUUGAAUUCUCUUUCCACACGGGUCAUAAUAAGCUCUAGGAUUUUCCUCAUAACACCUAACUAAGCUAUCCCUACUAUACUGCAGCGUACAUGGUGUGUUGGUCACUAGAGAUGUGUGUGUAAAGUAUAAACAAAAAAAAAUUAUAUACAUAUAUCAUGAGACACUCUAUCAGGAAUUUUUUGUGACGUCUCAGUUCAAAGCUUCUUGAGUCAUUCCACUCAUCUUGCUGUACAUAAUGUCAUUUAUCAUCGUGAGUGCGGUAUAACAUAGACCAUUACUUGUUUAAUCUGCCUUCCCAGCACCUCUUGGCUUCUCUCCUCUGCCUCUCGCUCGAUAUAAAUAGUAUGUAAUCCGUCUGUAUCAGUCAGAUUUUUAUUUUUGUUUGGUGAAUAUAUUCUCAGACCUGCCUCCACACUGUCUUGCUUGUCUACGUAACCAGCUCAUCCCACAAACCGCUGUCUCUUCCUCUGGCAAGCUGUAGUAGCACCUCUCGUCCCUCUUUCUGGAGUCUCGCCCCGCUCUGUCCUCGCCUUACACUAUGCCCUGGCUAGUUGGUGGGUAAUGUAUUGAGUUGAGGAGGACGGCAGUCUUGUCCCCAGCCUCCGCCCUCCACACACAUACACACACACACACACACACACACACACACACACACACACACACACACACACACACACACUCUAUAUCACAUUUACAAACACACACACACUCUAUAUCACACUUACAAACACACACACACACACACACACAAACUCAUAUUUUUGACAACUUGUGUGCCUUUCAGUACCAUACUAGACCCCACAGCGUUGGGUCUGCACUGCUUUAGUUGAAUCACCGCAGACACACGUCAAGGCCAAGGCGAAGGGGAGUGUGGGAGGGAGUGGCCACUACACAAGGCUGGUGGCUCUGAGGGCUCUGGUCAGACCAAUAACGUAAGCCACACCCAGACCAGACGCAGCCCGAGUCCCCUUUUCUUUUUUUUUUUUUUUUUUUUUUUCCUGAUUGCGUUUUCUAUAAGUGUGGCAGAAGUGCAAGGGUAAACAAUACUAUUUUUUCUCUGUAUGACCUUGAGGUAGGAAUUGGAAGUGGUUUGGAUGACAUGUGUGCUCGUGUGAAAUUUCGCUGGUAAUUUUGUUCAAAUCUCUCUCUCUCUCUCUCUCUCUCUCUCUCUCUCUCUCUCUCUCUCUCUCUCUCUCUCUCUCUCUCUCUCUCUCUCUCUCUCUCUCUCUCUCUCUCUCCUGUACUAUGAAACACUCUGCUGCGUCUGUUGGUUAACUAUACAGAGGGGGUAUCAUACUUGCAUGUUCAGAUUAAUAACUAAAGCCAAAACAAUAACAACUACUAUUCAUAAUAAUCUUCAUAAGCCUUGAGUGUAAGUAUAAUCCCGCUUCCUCUUCGUCUUAUCUGCUCGUGGGUUCUCUGCUACACUCGCUCGCCGGGUGUCUCUCUGUCGACGCCUCGGUUGUAAAGAAGUAACUAAAAAUAACCAGACACCGUUUUUCUGUUUGACUACUCUCUCGUAUCACAACGUAGAAUGCUGUCCUCUCAAGAUUCUCGUCAGAUUUUUCUUGUUAAUGUGUGUGUGGGACUGAAGGCGAAAAAAAAAAAAAAUACUGGGUUCAGUUUUUAGGUGUUUUCCAUGCGUGAGUUGGCUGCCCGCCACGCUAUGUUUUCAUUUGACAAACGUGUGUGUCGGCUGCUCGCCCUCUCGUCUUCACAGCCCGUGGUGAAUGGUUACUGGCAUUUAUAUUAUUAUAUCAUAUUAAUUCCCAAGUGACUCGUAGUGAUGUAGUGGGUUUUGUUAAUAUUAUUCCUCUCUGAAAAUAAAGACCCUUUGAAUAUA